CCGAGAAAAAUUCAACUCGGUUCGCUCGCUCGCUGCCUGCCCUCCGCCCUGCCGCCCAAUUUCCCCCCCAGACAAACCACCCCUCCACCCCACUGGGAGCCGCGCCCGCUGCUGCUGCCGACUCGCAUCUCGGCACCACAUCACCAUCAUGGGCCAGACACUCUCUGAGCCCGUUGUCGAAAAGACAUCAGAACAUGGCGGAGACGAACGGCUCCUCUACGGCCUGUCGGCCAUGCAAGGCUGGCGCAUAAGCAUGGAGGACGCGCACACGGCGGUGCUCAACCUGCUCGAGGACAACCCCAAGGCUGCCAAAGAACACCCCUCGAAAAUCUCCUUCUUCGGCGUCUUCGACGGCCACGGCGGUAGCAAUGUGGCCCUCUUCGCUGGCGACAACAUCCACCGCAUCUUGGCGAAGCAGGAGACAUUCAAGGCAGGCAACUACGAGCAAGCCCUCAAAGACGGCUUUUUGGCGACGGAUCGAGCCAUUCUGAACGAUCCCAAGUACGAAGAGGAGGUUUCAGGCUGCACUGCUUGUGUGGGCUUGAUCACAGAGGACAAGAUCUACAUUGCAAACGCCGGUGAUUCGAGGAGCGUGCUAGGCGUCAAGGGCAGAGCUAAGCCUUUGUCCUUUGACCAUAAGCCACAAAAUGAAGGCGAAAAGGCACGCAUCACCGCCGCCGGCGGCUUCGUCGACUUCGGCCGUGUGAAUGGGAAUCUAGCGCUGUCGAGAGCGAUUGGCGAUUUCGAGUUCAAGAAGAGCGCCGAGCUGGCACCCGAACAACAAAUUGUCACGGCCUAUCCGGAUGUCGUGGUCCACGAGUUGGGUGACGACGACGAAUUCCUCGUCAUUGCUUGCGAUGGUAUCUGGGAUUGUCAAUCCUCUCAAGCCGUGAUCGAGUUCGUCAGGCGAGGAAUCGCUGCAAGGCAGGACUUGGACAAGAUCUGCGAGAACAUGAUGGACAACUGCCUGGCGUCCAACUCGGAGACAGGCGGCGUGGGCUGCGAUAACAUGACCAUGAUCAUCGUUGGCUUCCUCAAGGGUCGGACGAAGGAAGAAUGGUACGACGAGAUAGCCAGACGGGUUGCCAAUGGAGAUGGCCCCUGUGCUCCUCCCGAAUAUGCCGAGUUCCGAGGGCCAGGUGUGCACCACAACUUCGACGACAGCGACACCGACUACGGCGACCAAAAGCAGGGCAAGAGCUUUGGCAUCGCCGGCUAUAGGGGGCGCAUCAUCUUCUUGGGCGACGGCACCGAGGUGUUAACCGACUCGGACGACACCGAGAUGUUUGACAACUCAGAGGAGGAUAAGGACCUCGUCAGCCAGGUGUCUAGAUCCACGUCGCAAGAGGGCAACUCGGAGUCUGCGGCUGAUAAAACGGCUGCGACGGAUGCUGGUCCACCAGCGGCGGCCCCCCCAGUGGAGCAGGAGGGGGAAACGAAAUUCGCCGGGGAAAACAAAGUGGAUGAGAAGACAACCGAGGAAGGCACGGAGUUGAAGAAGGAUGCAUGAUGCAUGACGGAAACGGACCAGCGGGAUCAGGGACGCGGGAAUGAACCGCCACCCGAGAUAUGAGAUCCGCUUCUUCUUCUGAACCAGGUCAUUUCAUGGAACGAGCAC